AUGGCAACAUGAUCAAAUUUAAAUCUACAAAAUGGAGCUUCACCUUUAAUAGAACAAAUUAUUUUUUUUCACGAUCACACAUUAAUUAUUUUAAUUAUAAUUACAAUUUUAGUUAGAUAUUUAAUAAUUAGUUUAUUUUUUAAUAAAUAUAUUAAUCGAUUUUUAUUAGAAGGACAAAUAAUUGAAUUAAUUUGAACAAUUAUACCAGCUUUUACAUUAAUUUUCAUUGCUUUACCAUCAUUACGAUUAUUGUAUUUAUUAGAUGAACUCAAUAACCCACUAAUUACACUAAAAUCUAUCGGACAUCAAUGAUACUGAAGAUAUGAAUAUUCAGAUUUUAAUAAUAUUGAAUUUGACUCAUAUAUAAUCCCAUCCAAUGAAAUAAAAAAUAAUGAAUUCCGACUAUUAGAUGUAGAUAAUCGUAUUAUUUUACCAAUAAACAACCAAAUUCGAAUUAUAAUUACAGCAACCGAUGUAAUUCAUUCAUGAACAAUUCCUUCAUUAGGUGUUAAAGUUGAUGCUAAUCCAGGUCGAUUAAAUCAAACAAACUUCUUUAUUAAUCGACCUGGAAUUUUUUUUGGUCAAUGUUCAGAAAUUUGUGGAGCUAAUCAUAGUUUUAUACCUAUUGUAAUUGAAAGUAUUUCAAUCAAAAACUUUAUUAAUUGAAUUAAUAACUACUCAU